GUUGGAGACAAAGAUUUCGCAGCGCAAUGCGCCAAGAUAUUCGCGUCGGGCAGCAAAAUUACCGAAGAGCGAUUGUUCAACGGCGAGUACUUUGUGCAGGACGUCGACGUGCAAAAGCAUCCGCACUGGCAAUACGCCGACGGCUGCCUCGCCGACCAGCUCUUCGGCCAAGGGUGGGCCCACCAGUUAGGGCUCGGCUACGUUUACUCGAAGGAGACGGUCCGCAAGGCGCUGGAAUCGAUCUGGAAGUACUGCUGGACGCCCGACAUCGACUCGCAGAACAAGCGUCACGCGCCUGAACGGUGGUUCGCCUUCCCCGGCGAGGCGGGCCUCUUCACCUGCACUUGGCCGAAGAGCAAGCGACCCGGCCCGCCGGCGACGCGUUACUGCGACGAGGUCUGGACCGGCAUCGAGUAUCAAGUCGCUAAUCAUAUGGCGUGGGAGGGCAUGGUGACCGAGGCGUUGGCGUUGUGCCGGGCAGCGCACGACCGGUACCACCCGUCGAAGCGCAACCCCUUCAACGAAAUCGAAUGCGGCGAUCACUACGCGCGGUCGCUGGCGAGCUGGGGACUCAUCACGAGCCUCAGUGGCUUCGAGCACCACAACUCCAAGGGAACGCUCGGCUUCGCACCCCGCAUCGAAGCGGACAACUUCCGCAGCGUGUUCACGACCGCGGAGGGCUGGGGGACCUACGAGCAGAAGCGAUCCGAAGGAGAGCUCCGCGCCGAGGUGCAAGUUACUUCGGGUGAAGUCCGCCUAACAACGCUGCGUCUUGCGAUUUCAGAAGGAACGUUGCCGGCUAAGGCCGAAGUCGCCGUGGGAGGCAACACGAUGGAACUCGCCGUGACGGACACUCGAGACGGUCAAAUCGAACUGCGAUUCGUCGAUGAGGCGAUCGUCUCAUCAGGCGAGAAGCUCGCCGUGCGAGAGCAAACAACCCGCAUCGACUCGCCUGACGGCAAGGUGGCGGUGACCGUUACGACGACUGACGUGGCGCCCUAUGUCAGCUACACAGUCGAGCGCAACGGCGCCGAAGUCGUGGCUCCCUCCGCGUUGGACGUUCAGCUCCGAGAGGUUGGCUCGCUUGCCGAUGGGGCAGAGCUCGUCGAAGUCGUACGUGGCAAGUUCGACACAACCUCCACAAUGCCCUGGGGCAAGGCGAGGACGAUCCGAGACCAUGGAUCGACAGCGACUCUUGAGUUUCUCACGAAAGGCAAAGCCCGUUGGCGUUUGGCGUUCCGCGUCUACAACGACGGCGUCGCUUUCCGCUACGAGUUCCCGAAGCAGACGGAGCUCACCGACGUUGUUGUCGAAGCCGAGCAGACCGAGUUUCGGCUCACGGGUGACCCGAGCGUCACGUACCUGCCGCUGCCGAACUUCACCUCGACCCACGAGGGACUCUACGGGCGGCUGCCGAUGUCGGACUUGCCCGAGGACCAACUGUUUGGCGUGCCGUUGCUUGCGGUGCGCGAAGAUGGCGACUCGGUCAUGAUCACGGAGGCACGACUCCGCGACUACGCGGGCAUGUACCUCGAGCGGAAGGGCGCGAGCGACGCGAUCUUUACGAGUCGCUUGUCACCAUUGCCGGGCAAGCCUAGUCAGUGCGUCGUCGCUACGGCGCCGCACUCCUCGCCGUGGCGGGUCGUGAUGCUUGCCGAUCACCCCGGCCGCUUCAUCGAGAGUCAGUUGAUUGAGCAGCUCAACGAUCCUGCGGAGGGAGACUUCGCUUGGCUCGAGCCCGGCAAGACAACGUUCCCGUGGUGGAACGGCGAGAUCGAACACGGCAAGGCCUCGACCCCCGACAACAACUUCGAG